AGACUUGUUGUUUUCAGUGGUAUGAAGUGCGUAUGAGUAACAACUACCCGUCCUUAUUAAUUGUCUUCGUAAUGAAUGGAGGCGAAAUCGUGGUGGUUACAGGCUUUGGACCUUUUCGACAGUUCCUAGUGAACCCCAGCUGGACAGCAGCCCAGGGCUUGAAGUUGUGUGGAUUGGGAGAGCAGACUGAUGUUUUCAUCAAGGAGUUGCCAGUGAGUUAUGUUAAAACUCAGCAAGUCAUUGCUGAGAUUUGGCAAACUCUUCACCCAAAGUUUGCUGUACAUCUGGGUGUAGCCAGAGGUUCCAGUGUCAUCAUAUUGGAGCAAACAGGGAAGAACUGUGGAUACAGAGACAAAGACGUGUGCGGUUUCUGUCCCGACAGUCACUGCUGUGUGGAAGGAGGACCGGAGAAACUGGACUCAGUCGUAAACAUGAAGGCUGUCGCCAAAGAGUUCAAACAGGCAGAUGUCAUUUAUUCAAGAGAUGCUGGCAGGUAUCUGUGUGAUUUUGCGUAUUACUGCUCACUGUAUCACGGUCAGAGGAGAGCAGCCCUUAUCCAUGUACCCUCAUCUGGCAGCCUGGCCUUAGCUGACAGACUGGUCCUUCUGCUGCAGACCCUCAUCUGCACCAUGCUGGAUCAGCUGGACGACCCUUCAGAAACCGUGUGAAUGAAUGACAGCGCGC